CAAGGGAAGUCACUUUCGCGUUUCUUGUUGUUCAGGGAAGAUGGCGGCGGCUGUCCUCGCUAAAGUUUGUGAAACCCCAGGUUGCACCAGUGAAGCAAAGCUUCAGUGUCCAACCUGUGUCAAACUAGGCAUCCAAGGAUCCUACUUUUGCUCACAGACAUGUUUCAAAGGGUCUUGGAAUGAACACAAACAGAUUCACAAGAAAGCAAAAGAGACCCAAGAUGACAAGAAAAAUGGCUACAAUCCUUGGCCUGGUUUCCACUAUACUGGCGAGUUGCGACCCUACCCUGUGACACCAAAAAGGACAGUGCCAGACUAUAUCCCUCGACCUGAUUAUGCUGACCAUGCUGAAGGUGUCCCUGUCAGUGAACGUCAAUUACGAGGCUCAACAAACAUCAAGCAGUUGGAUGAUGAAGAACAAGAAGGCAUGAGAGUUGUAUGCAAGCUUGCUAGGGAGAUUCUGGACUGUGCUGCCAAUGCCCUAGCAGCAGGAGUGACCACGGAUGAAAUUGACAGACUUGUACAUGAGGCUACGAUAGACAGAGAGUGCUACCCAUCACCCUUAAAUUAUUAUCAGUUCCCUAAAUCAUGCUGCACGUCUAUCAAUGAAGUCAUUUGCCAUGGGAUUCCUGACAUGAGGCCUCUACAGAAUGGAGAUAUCAUAAACAUUGACAUUACUGCAUAUCACCAGGGGUUUCAUGGUGAUUUGAAUGAAACCUUCUUUGUGGGUGAAGUAGAUGAAGCUAGUAAACGGCUUGUCAAAACCACAUAUGAAUGUCUUAAAUUGGCCAUAGAUGAAGUAAAACCAGGUGUGCGCUAUCGAGAGAUGGGAAACAUAAUUCAGAAACAUGCCCAGGCACAUGGCUACUCUGUGGUGAGAAGCUAUUGUGGCCAUGGUAUCCACCAACUGUUUCACACUGCACCAAGUGUACCUCACUAUGGAAAGAACAAAGCCAUUGGAGUAAUGAAACCUGGUCACACAUUUACAAUAGAGCCAAUGAUUUCAGAAGGAACAUGGCGAGAUGAGAUGUGGCCUGAUAAUUGGACAGCUGUGACUCAAGAUGGGCGACGGUCAGCACAGUUUGAGCACACACUUCUGGUGACAGAUACAGGCUGUGAAGUUCUUACACGACGCCUAGACGGCAGUGCGCAGCCCCACUUCAUGGAUGCUCUGUGAUUUGCUAGAUUCUGUAUUUUGCAGAUUUGAAACUUACAGGACUCCACACCUGAAGCUUGUGUGAUCAGAUGUUUUGCCUUUAUAAUGUAACUGAGUUUUGGCAAAAAACAUAGUACUUACUGUGAGUGGCCAUGUUGCAUUAGAGGCAAUUUUUGAGAGGUCAUCUGUGGUUUUAAAAUGAUUGCUCAGUCUUGUUUAUAUUCAAUCAGUUGUUAUGUAAGCUAUUGUCUCAUUUCAGGAUUGUAUGAUGGGGGAGGGGUUUUCAAUCUUGUAAAUUUAUUUUGCAAGAGCUUUAAAUGGACUUUAUUUUCUCAUCUUGUUUUUUUUUCCAUCUCAUUUUUCACUUCUAGGCGAUGGACUGGAAGGAGGCAGUUGUCUAAGCAUGUGUCUGUUUAAUGAACUAAACUCUUUUUCCCUUGCUGGGAUAUAAGAUGUUAUUCCUUUUGACUAGAGGUGGCCUUCAGUAAAGUCUGUUAUAAAUAUCUACUGAUAUAGAUAGGAAUGCUGUACAGAAACUGGCAAGCCAGAAAUCAAAGAGUUUUGAUAGAUUACUACUCUAUCAGGAGGUGGACUCAGUGCAAUGCUUGACCGACUGGUUGGCCAGUUAUGUGGGAUGCAUCUGGCAGGGUAUACUUUCAUGUGAAACUUUUCCGAAUAACUUCUAAACUAUAAUCCUUUAGAUUUUCUUUUGACCACUCAGCAUACAAACAUCAUUCCUGCAUGCUAUAUCAGGAUACACAUAGUACUUAAAUAAAAUCUCAUCCUUCUUGCUCGCUAAUACAUUUAGCAGAUGUUUUAUAUUAAUCUGCAGGGCAAAAUGCUCUGCUUGAGACUGUGUAGAGUAAAAAUGAAAUGCAUGGAAUAAGACAUAGUUGAGUUUGUAUUUUAUGGAGGAGCUCUUUGACACACAAAAGGUGCAACACUACCUUGCCUUGCCAAAUAGCUUGUCACAGUAGUGUUGAUAUAUCUUCAGUGUCACUGGCUGAAGCUAUUGACUAGAGGCAAUUACCUCCCCUCCAACUCAACUCACCUAGCAUCUGAGACGGGUGUGUGCCUAAAGACCUUGUUUAGUAGCUAUUCCCAGGGCAGCUUUACCUCUGGUCUGUAGCUACAGCAUCAGAAGUGGAAGGUUCUUCUCUUGUAUCUUCCAUUACUUUCUCUCCUCUGUCGACACCAAUGUAGUCCAAUUUUGCAUCUUUUGCCAAUAGUGAAAAUUGGAGGUCCAGGAUUUAGACCGGAUCUUUUAAAUGCUGUUCUUUAACAGUAGUUGAGAAGGCCUGCCUUUCCCCCCCUUUUUAUCAUUGUAUUUUAUGUGUGAGUUUGCAUGCAUCUUGUGUAUCUGUGCAAGAACAAUUAAAACAUUGAGUGAGAGAGA